CCACCAGCGGGCGGGCAGGAACGCCAAGCCAGCAGCCGCCGCCGCCGACCAACCAACGACAGCGGUAUCGUCGUCCUCGUCGCCGUGUACGCUUCGCGCGCGCAGUGUCCCUCUGGCCGUCGUCCGCGUUGUUGCCGUCGCCGUCGUCUUCCGCGUCGUUUCCGCAUUUUCGUCAGACCGACGUCGUCGCGUGUGCCGUCGCGUGUGGCGGGCGCGCCGCCCGGUCGCUCAUCGCCCGUCCUCCCGUGCAGCAUCUGAGCGCAGCCGGCCGACCACGCUGACAACCCCACUUUCGCGCCGUGCCGCCGCCACCGCCGCCGUCGACGUCGUGCAGACAUGUGCUCGUGCCGCGGCCGGUGCCGGUCCGAAAGUCUGCCGAUGCUGCUGCUGCUGCUGACCGCCGACAUUGAUGCGUGCACCGAGUGUCUGGCACAACGGUCUGACGUUGGUCCGUCGUUGUCCUGUUGAACGCCACCAGGUACCGUCUUCGUAACUCGGAUCAGUGAUCCGUAUCCUGCAAGUAUACCGUUGCGCACCGACACCACUCGAUAAGACCAACGGCCGUUUUUCCGACCAAGCACGUACAGCGCUGUACUGCACAGCGAUGGCGGGCUGAUGACCAAUGCGCUGUAACGGAUUCGGCGGAAGGAGCAGGCCAUCGUCUGGCGGCGGUCCGCGCUGAUGUCCGGCCGCAGAUGGGAUGGAGGCGGCGGCUGCGGGAUAGAGUCCGAGGAGGAGGAGGCCGGUGUCGGCCUCAUGUCCGGCGUGCAUGUGGCCGUCCGUCACCGGCGGGACAUCGUCGUCGAGGAGGAGGAGGAGGAAUCGUCGUUCGGCGGCCGGGGGUCCGUCGGAUACGGCGGCUGUUCGGGUGGCUGUGGCCGCGAUGGAAGUGGCGUUAGCGGCAGCGGUGCCGGCGGAUGUCCCGGACCGUCGUCGUCGUCGUCUUCGUCCGCCGCGUGCUGCUCCAACAACCGGACGUCCGGCGCCAAGCACGUGCUCGUCUGGAACCAGCCGGAACUGGACGAUCUGACGGCCGCGGACAACCACAACGGGUACAGUCACCGGCCCGUGCCGGCCAAAGCAUGGAUUGGCUCCCGUCACAUCGUCACGUUCAUGUUGUUCCUCGGUAUGGCCAACGCUUACAUAAUGAGGACCAACAUGUCCGUAGCCAUAGUGGCCAUGGUCAACCAGACGGCGCUGGAGAGGGACCCGACAAUUCCGGACGACGAAUGCGAGGGCUACUACACACCAGCCGCGAACACAACCGUACACAGCAUGUCCAACGAAGGAUCAUUUUUGUGGAGCACGUCCCAACAGGGCUAUGUGCUCAGUUCAUUCUUCUACGGCUACGUUAUAACGCAAAUACCGUUUGGGAUACUGUCGAAGAAGUAUGGCGCCAAGUAUUUCCUUGGCGUUGGCAUGCUCAUAAAUUCGGUGUUCGGCUUCUUGGUGCCGUUAUCUGCCAACUUCGGCAUAUUUUCCCUGAUCACCAUACGUUUCAUUCAGGGGCUCGGAGAAGGACCCAUAGUUCCUUGUACACACGCCUUGCUCGCCAAAUGGAUCCCUCCGAACGAGAGAAGCCGAAUGGGAGCAUUCGUUUAUGCAGGGGCGCAAUUCGGCACAGUUAUUUCCAUGCCACUGAGUGGCGUACUUUCGGAGUACGGGUUUGCCGGUGGAUGGCCGUCGAUAUUCUACGUGUUCGGUGCAAUCGGCACCCUGUGGUCCGUCGCAUUUUUGUGGCUCGUACACGAGGACCCGGAAUCUCACCCCACUAUACCGCACGACGAGAGGAAAUACAUUAUUAGUUCCGUUUGGGGAGCUGCUGGUGUGUCCUCUCCCCCCGUGCCGUGGAGAAGCAUAUUAAAGUCGGCUCCGUUCUGGGCCAUAUUGGUCGCUCACAUGGGUCAAAAUUACGGAUACGAAACGCUCAUGACCGAGCUGCCGACUUUCAUGAAACAAGUGUUGCACUUCAAUAUAAAAGCUAACGGAACGUACUCGUCACUGCCGUACCUCGCCAUGUGGGUGUUCUCAAUGGUGGCCAGCCAUAUAGCCGACAUGAUGAUCUCCUCGGAAAAGUUCACGCACACUCUCACUCGAAAAAUUGUCAACUCUAUCGGUCAAUUCGGUCCAGCAAUAGCGCUGAUCGCCGCAUCCUAUACAGGCUGCGAUCCGUACCUGACUGUUGCCAUACUGACCGUGGGCGUGGGUCUCAAUGGCGCCAUUUACUCGGGAUUCAAAGUCAACCAUCUAGACAUAUCGCCGCGGUUCGCCGGAAUACUGAUGAGCCUGACCAAUUGCUUAGCCAACUUAGCUGGUCUAUUGGCCCCGAUCGUUGCCGGCUACGUUAUUGACAAAAGGCCCACCCAAGCAGCCUGGAGAGUGGUGUUCAUAACGUCGGCGGUCGUGUAUAUGGUUUGCUGUACGAUUUAUCUGAUAUUUGGCAACGGCACUCGCCAGCCGUGGGACAAUCCGUCCAACGAUCAAAUGAACUUGGAGCACAAGAAAAAUAAAAAGAAGAACAAGAUGGCCAUGGACAUCGAGGACACCGUUCAGUGAACGGCGACCCCUAACGUCGUACCCACUGUCACCCUAUACUCAACAACCCCAGAUCCCCCCUCCCCCACCUUGCUCCCAAAAUAACCAUACAACCACCCACGUCCCACUAAAUCAACUACCAUCCCGGCCGAAUCGCGCGAGUAUUCCAUGUAUAUUACAUCUACAUAUGGACGCGCGCGCGCGCGUUUUUGUGUAAAAGUUUAUAUAAGGAGAAUACCGAGCACGAUGGAUACAACGAUUUGCAUAAUACGCACGAGCGUGUUUGUGUAAAAGUGAAUAUUGUGUUGGUUAACAAAACAAAAAGUAAAGCACAUCUGUGAAAAGGUUUGAAAUAUAUAAAAAAAAAAAGGAUAAUUCUUCGUAACGGUAUAUUAUAUAAUAUAAUAUUGUUGAUAAAUGUAUACACACUUUAUUUAUUAUUUCGUUUUAAAAAAAACUUAAUUUUUUUAGAUUUACAUUAAACUUACUUGGGUGUCGAAUCUUGACACCAUAGAAAGCACAUUCUAUUAAUUAUAUUUAUAAUUAUAUUUUUUUAUAAUAAUUAUUAAUGAAUAAUAAAAAAAAAGUCGAUGUUAGAUCAUUAUUGUCUAUUUUUAAAAAUAAAACUUAUUUAAUGGAUAAAAUAUGAAAAUAAGUUAAAUUUUUCGUUCUAUAUAUGACUAUUUAGCUUUUAAAAAAUAAAAUAAAAAUAUAUAUGAAAAAUUGUGAUAUUGUUAGAAGUAUAUUGUUGCUCCGGAAAAGUACAUAGCCUGAUGUGUUCUUGAUUUUCUCAAAAUUUAUGUCUUCCCCAUUUAAAAACAUUAAUUAUUCCCUCUCAAUUUUCCGAUUAUAUUUCGAUAGAUUGUAAGUAAAAACGAGUAAACGCAAUAAGAUUAAAUAUAUAUGAUUAAUUAUGUAAAUUAAAAAAGAGAAAAACCAAAAAAACCAUAAUUUGAUUAUUAUUAAAUGAUCUUGUGUUCCUUCGACUAGCUCAAUAUAUUCGUUGUUUUAGACAUGCAUGUUUUGAUAAAAGAUGUGCGAAAUGUAACUAAAAAAUUUAAAUAAUCUUAAGCAAUAAAUAAAAUAGGUCAUAAUAUUUGUUUUUCUGUAGGUGACAUUUUUUGAGAGCGUGUACGGUGAACUGGGCAUUUCACGAAAGGGGAAAUUAUGCAAAAAUUUCUCAUUAAUUUCUUUCACAUUUUGUCAGUAUUUUUUUUUUCACAUAUAUAUUAUAAAAUUAUUAAUUAUAUUAUUAUCACUGCAUAAUUUUUUUCCAAUGUGAUAGUUAUUAUAUUUAUUAAAUUAUUCGUUAAAAGAUUUAUUAUUAUAGAAAUAAAGUUACAUUUUAUGUUUAAGGGUCUGUUUCUGGAUUAUAUAUAUUAUUGUUGUAUUCAUUUUUAGGAUUUGUCGUUUAGUGAGAAUGAUAAUAUUACUGUUACAAAUAUUAAUAAUUAUAAUACAUUUUUAAUUAAAAAAAAAUACGUUAUAAUAGUUAUUUAUUAGAAAUCCAUUAAGAACUACUGUAUGUACCAUAAAUGUUAUAGGAUAAUAUAUUAUAUUUAUAUAUAUUAUAUAUAUAUAGAAUAUAAAAAAUGUAUCAAUUUUUUUUUCUAAAUUACUACUAUAGUUGAGCCGAUAAGUUACCAAAAAUCAAAACAAACAAAAAAAAAAAAAAUGUAAUAAAUUAAAUAAAACUCAAUAAACAGCAUAUGACGAGAAAUGUAUCUUAAAUCACUGCUCUAUCGAAAUAAAAAAAAAAAAAAACUAUCAAACAUAAUAUAUAUAUAUUUAUUUAUAAUAUUAUACAUGGCUCAUUAUUUAGUAGAUAGUUUAUUAUUAUCUUAACGUUAUGUUAAUUUGUUUUUACCUUAUCCUUCUAUUUAACAGGGUAAUAGUAUUAUUUAAAUUUAGGCCUAAUAUUAUUAUAUAGUACCUAACUUAAGUUCAUACCAUUGUCUGAUGAUAAUGAUGAUAAUAUUAUUAUUAUUAUUAUUAUUAUUAUUAUUAUUACUUAGGAUAUUUAUUUAAUUAAUAUAAUUUAUUUAUUAUUAUUAUUUUUUUUUUUUUUACCUUUAAUUUGUAUUUUUCGCACGUUACUUAAGCACAGUUAAUUUUUAUCACUGACUUUCAAAUUUUACUUAUUACUAGCAAGCAUAAUGAUUAUUUCUUUAACCCUUGUAUGUUGGUAAUGUACGAUAAAAAUCAAAACAUUUUUGUCACCCCGACCAAGUUUAUUGAUAUGUUAUCAUAGAAUACAAUACAUUGUAAUAUUCCAUUAAGGCGAAACCAUCAAUUCGCGGAUGUUCUAGUUUCUAAUUAAUAUUGUUUAUACAAUUCGGACGGGGGUCCAUUUAGAUGGAAGGAGUGAGGAUUAUUUCGGAGAAAAAAAUCCAGUUGUUAAUUUAAAUAAUAACAGAUGAACAAACAAAAUACAAGGGUUAAAGAAAUACAUAAUUAUUUAUUCAAUUAAUGUAUUUUAAAAAGAAGCGCGACCCAAUUUAAAUGAACAUUUAUUAAUCCGAGACCACUCGCGUGCGAUGCUGUAUCGUACGUUUUACUGUACUUAUAUUGAUAUAAAAUAAAACAAAAUUAAAUGACUGUUCAUUAGUUGAAAUUAUGUGUUUAUUAUUGUUUAGGUUGUCAAUUAUUAUUCUAGAAAUAAAUACAUGAGUUGUCAAUAACUGUUA